AGCUGCAGCUGGAUGAAGGCUUCGCAGGUGGAACGGGAAGCCCUCCCUUCAGAGGUCGGCUGAGCACUAGAUGGCACCUCUGUGCAGCCUGUAGCCUUCACAUGUCACCUGGAGCUGAGAAAGAGAGAGAGACAGCACUGAGGAGGAAGAUUCUGUCCUGCUGAGAAGAGAAGAAAGCGAGACGAGGGACCUCUGACCCCGACAGGACUGAGACUCAGCGCUUCAUCAUGGGCUACGCAGCAGAGCCGCCGUCCGGGCCGGACCUGUGGCAAAACGACAGCUUGUUCAUCAACAUGACGGCGGCCAACACCAGCCACGCGUUCACUAUUCCCCUGUCGCCAGUGAUGGACAAGGCCAUCAACGUCUUCUUAAUAAUAGUCUUGUUCAUCACGAUGGUGUCACUGGGAUGCACCAUGGAGGUGUCCAAGAUCAAGCGUCACAUAAUGAGGCCCAAAGGGGUGGCGACGGCGGUGCUGGCCCAGUACGGCAUCAUGCCGCUCACAGCCUUCUGCCUGGCUAAGGCGUUCCGGCUGAGCGAAACGACGGCGGUGGUGAUCCUGAUCUGCGGCUGCUGUCCCGGGGGAAACCUCUCCAACAUCCUGGCUCUGGCGCUGCGGGGGGACAUGAACCUGAGCAUCCUGAUGACCUCCUGCUCCACGCUGCUGGCUCUGGGCCUCAUGCCCCUGCUGCUCUUCGUCUACUGCCAGGGCUUCGGCGACCUGCAGAACACGGUGCCCUACGUGGACAUCAUCGCAUCGCUGUUCAUGAUCCUCAUCCCCUGCGGCGCCGGCAUCCUCAUCAACUACUACAGGCCUCAGUACUCCAAGACCAUCACUAAGGUCGGUCUCAGCAUAAUGAUCCUGUCGUCUUUGGGGUUGAGCGUCAUCUGCGGCAUCUUCAUCGGACGCUCCAUCCUGUUGGUGCUGACUCCUCCACUGGUGGCCAUCGGGGCCCUGAUGCCUUUCAUAGGCUACUCCUGUGGAUACGUCAUAUCCGCGCUCUUCAGACUCAAUCAAUCGGAGAGGAGGACCGUUGCCAUGGAGACCGGGUGUCAGAACAUCCAGCUGUGUUCCACCAUCCUGAAGAUCGCCUUCCCCCCGGAGCAGAUCGGCCCGCUCUUCCUCUUCCCCAUGGUCUACAUCAUCUUCCAGGUGACAGAGGCGCUGGCGCUCGUCGUGCUGUUCAGGUGUCACCAGAGGUUCACGCAGGAAGACAAAGGUAAACGACGGAAGAGCGUUUCUGUUGCACAGACGUCUGUAGUUUUAUUGUGUAGGAACAGAACGCACACUUUUAAAUGAGUGAAACAGCAGCAAAUAUUUUUCAGGUUAUGGUAAAGAAGCCUGAAAUUAGUCUAUUAGGAGAAACAAUGAGCAAAUGCUACAAUGUAGAAUUAAUAAAUGUAGCUAUUCAUCAGCAAAUAUACUUCAAUCAGCCAAAUACUUAACUGUGAUGAAGUAUUUGUUACAUCACAUCUCUGAAAUAAUGACAAAUAUUUAAGGAUUCUUUUUAUAAAACAUUAAAACCUGCUGCAUCUUCAGGGUCUGUGGUACUCGGUGCUAUCCGUUUCUUUGUAUCCUGUUUUUUUGCCAAAGCCCCUUUUUUCUAACCUACAGGAGCACAGAUCACAACAGGAGACAAACCGAGGGACAACUCUGAGGGGGUGGUGUGAGCAGGGACAUGAAGCUGAUGGAGAGCGACUAAAGCCUGAAGUUCAACAGCUGCUGCACAUGUAUCUGUAGGGAGGUCGCACUAUAUGUUCAUAAUAUCUGCUAUUCACUUACAGUAUUUUCUCAAUUGCUGAUUUGUAAUAUGUAAAUUUAUUUGUAAAUGUAUCAUUAUAAACCACAGAAACACAAAGUUCAUGACUUAGUUCAAAUGAGUCUUGCUGCA